UCCUCCCCUCCUCCCAUGGAGUCAUCCGCCGCGGGCGGCGAGCGGCCCCAGCGGUCCGGAGGCGGCGCCUCCUCCCCGCCCCCGCCGCCUCCCCCGCCGAGCGGCUGGCUCGCGGGCCUCGUCUCCGGCGCCGGCCGGCUCCUCGCCGCCGUGCUCGGCCCCGACUCCCCCUCCGUCUCCGCCUCCGCCUCCGGCUCCGUCGCGUCGGACGACGGGUCCGCCUCCUCCUCCCCGAGCUCCUUCCGUCCACGCAGCGAGGGUUACUAUAGCGGUACCGAUCAUAAUUAUUUCCUGCCCUUUUCACCAGAAAAUAAUCAGUUAAACCAGACUGAGAAGGAGACUGUUCUGAAAGACUAUGCAGAGGCAUCCCUAGCAAUUGUCUCGGAUAUUGAGCCAAAAGAUGCCAUAGCGCAGUUGCUUAUGCAGGAAACUUUUUCGAGGUCUGAGUGCAGUACACUAAUAAAGAUAAUUCAAGAGCGGGUCGUUAACCCAGAUUCAGGUGGAACUGUUGAUGGUGAGCUUGCUCUUGCGAUCAGUCAGAAGGCUGGCAGACAACCAACCAUUGGAUAUUCUUCAUUUAGUCCAAACGUGUCAACGCCUUCAUCUUCAAGUCUUCCAAUCCAUGGCCAUGGUUUUGAUAAUAGUGCUGGUGCAGGGGCAGUUCCAACAUUAACUCCUGCCAUUCCUGACCUUUUACAGCACAAUGCUGACAAGAUUCAGUCUGUUUCAAAACGAAGUUGCUCUGUUAUCCAGGAUACUCCUGAUAACCUUCGACGAAUCAGACCAAAGAUUAAUGGAGAUACGAUAAACAUUGCAAAAUUUAAGCAAGUUGAUGUUGUUAGAAAUCGUCCAGCAGCAAGUCUCGGGAGAGAUGACACUAAACAUGCCCCCUUUCUUGGGACCAACAACGUAGAACAUACUAACAUUGUUUCAAAAGUUGAAAGAGCUGAGGAAAUAUUGGAUGUCCCUAAGAAACCUUUGGCAGUACCAUCACAACAUGUUGAUUCAAGUUCCUUGUUAGCUGGUGGUGACCAGAAAACUUUUGACUCUGCAUUCUUGAAUCCAUGUUCUACUAAGGAUCUGAAGAACAGCUUGCCUUUGAAGGUUGAACCUUUGGAUUCUUUUAUUCCUUUUGAGCAGAAGAUGAUGGAUUUAUCACAUCAGAAGCAUGAGCAUGCCGCAUGUGAUGAUUCAUGUUCUGUUUCAAAACUAAUGUUUAUGGCGGAUAUUGGUGCGGCACCUAGCCUGCCGAUGCAAGUUCAGCUGCAAAAUGACUCCAAGAACCGCAGGAGAAGGCAACCCAACUCUCCGAGGACAGCUCCAAAACCCACAGGGUCGCCUGCCAAGGGCACACGCCGCAAAAACAUCGACGCCGUGGUCAAAUCAGAGAUUGACUCCCUGGAACAAAGGAUGCCGGUUUUAGCAGAGGAGCAAGACCCGGACUACGUCCCGGAGAAGAGACCCGUCGGGAGACCAAGGAAAGGAAGGUGAAAACGGGACGCGGUCGUCCUCCUCCACCCCGUGUAAACCUGGGAGGAUUGCCCAGAAGAACCUUCAAAGGUGAGACAGGUCGCAGCAAUACUCGUGGAUCGCAAUGUUUUGCAUUGCACACCAGAGGUUUGCCCCUCCGAGGUUUGGAGGGAGAAGGAAAGGAAGACAGCCCUGUUAUGUCCCUAGUCUAACCUAACCAGUUUCUAGACUGAAACCAGUGUGCACGUCAUGCCAUUUUCUUCAGAAUGUAGCACAUCAGCAAUGCUAUCAAAACUAAUUUUAGUUGAUUAAUGUGCAACCCUGUUGUGUGAAAAAGGGAAAACAGAGAUGAGAUUCAACCUU